UAGACAAAUAUCACUUGCUGUGUCAUAGCACAUGGAUUUCAGGACCGCAUGCGAAGAGACAAAGACAGGGAUUUGUUUGCUGCAGGAUGGUAACCAGGAGCCUUUCAAAGUGCGACUGCACUUAGCCAAAGAUAUAUUGAUGAUCCAGGAGCAGGAUGUGAUCUGUGUGUCUGGUGAGCCUUUCUAUUCUGGUGAAAGGACAGUAACAAUUAGAAGACAAACUGUAGGAGGAUUUGGAUUAAGUAUAAAGGGUGGAGCAGAACAUAAUAUUCCAGUGGUCAUUUCUAAGAUUUCCAAAGAACAACGAGCUGAACUUUCAGGUUUGCUCUUUAUAGGAGAUGCAAUUCUGCAGAUUAAUGGAAUUAAUGUGAGAAAAUGCAGGCAUGAAGAAGUGGUUCAGGUCCUUCGCAAUGCGGGGGAAGAAGUGACCCUAACUGUGUCCUUUUUGAAAAGAGCACCUGCAUUUCUCAAACUGCCACUGAAUGAAGAUUGUGCAUGUGCCCCCAGUGACCAGAGCAGUGGCACUUCCUCUCCCCUGUGUGACAGUGGUUUGCAUCUCAACUACCAUCCCAACAACACGGAUACAUUAUCAUGUUCCUCGUGGCCAACAUCCCCAGGACUUCGAUGGGAAAAAAGGUGGUGUGAUCUCCGAUUAAUUCCACUUCUUCAUUCACGAUUUUCCCAGUACCUUCCAGGAUCAGAUUUGUGCAGGCAAAAUGCGUUCCAAGUAAUUGCUGUGGAUGGGGUUUGCAGUGGAAUAAUUCAGUGUCUCUCUGCUGAAGACUGUAUUGACUGGCUACAAGCAAUAGCAAGUAACAUUUCCAACCUCACAAAGCACAAUGGACAAAGAAAGGAUGACAAGGAUAAAAGAAGUAGGACUAGUCUGACUGGGAAUGCAGGUAAGCCACUUGGGUUUUUACAGAGAGGCAGCAAAAAGAAACUUGUUCGUAUUUUUACCUCUAUGCAAAUCAGUGCAAAUAAUGACUAUUUCCAAGGAACUUAA